AUGUUGUCAAAUAACAUUCAUGUUGGGGUGGAGAUAAACUUGGCUGAUCUUCAUUCAGAUCCUAGAUUACGAAAGAGUAUUUCAGACUAUGAUUCAAACAUUCGAGACCAAGUUCAAAUAGAAUAUCUUCAGAGGGGUCCUUGUCAGCCUAAAGAUCACAAAUGUCUUAAGACUCAGUGUGGAGCUAAGGAACGAAGCGGAGAACAAGCAGGCGGCGGUGUUUUCACUAAAAAUGGUUAUCGAAAUUGGAAGAAGAAAAGAAGGUUAUAUACUCAUGUUGGAGACCUCAACAAUGCUCAUAACCAAGCUUUGAAGAAGUGUGAAUACUUGAUGAAUGAAAGACAACACAUUCGAAACAAUAUCCAGAAGAAUGCUAAGCCAUCCAGAACAUCUUAUCGAAUUCGGCUCACUGCAUCUGUCGAUUGCAUACAGUUGCUUCUAAGACAAGGCCUUGCAUUCCGGGGCCAUGAUGAAUCUAAUAAUUCCAGCAAUCAAGGUAACUUUCUUGGGCUUUUACAAUUCCUUGCUGAUCAUGAUGAGCAAGUUAGAGUUGUGACAUUGCAUAAUGCUCCUGAAAACCUCAAAAUGACAUCACUAAUGAUUCAAAAAGACAUAGUAAAUGCUGCUGCUGUUGAAACAAUAAAUGUCAUAAUUGCAGACAUGGAUAAUGCAUUGUUCUCUAUUCUAGUUAAUGAAGCUAGAGAUGUUUCUAAAGGUUGUGUGAUAGAACGGUUUAUCGGCAUUGAGCAUGUUGCUAAUACUACUGCCAUAACUCUUAAGGAAGCCAUAGAUGCAUUGCUUUGUAAACAUGGUUUAAGCACAUCAAGUCUACGUGGUCAGGGCUUCGAUGGAGCAAGUAAUAUGAGUGGGGAGCUGAACGGCUUGAAGACACUUAUCUUGAAGGAGAAUCCUAGUGCUUUCUAUGUCCAUUGUUUUGCACAUCAACUUCAGUUAGCUUUGGUGGCUGUGGCAAAAAAAUAUGACAUUGUUGGUGCUUUCUUUACAUUAGUUGCUAAAGUUGUGAAUAUUGUUGGUGCCUCUUCGAAACGACGUGACAUUCUUAGAGAAAAGCAAGCUCUCAAAGUUAUCCAAGCAUUGAAAGGAGGAGAACUUUCAAGUGGGAGAGGGUUAAAUCAAGAAAUUGAGAUUAAACGUUCAGCCGAUACAUGUUGGAGCUCACAUUAUGGUACGCUCAUAAACUUUACUGCCAUGUUCUCUUCCAUAAUAGAUGUGCUAGAUGAAAUUGCAUUUGACAAAGUAGGUUCUGAUCAAAAGCACGAUGCAUUUAUAUCAUUGAGGUUAUUGCAAUCUUUUGAUUACAUAUUUAGUUUGCACUUGAUGAGAAUUGUACUUGGAAUUACUCACGAGUUGUCGCAAGCCUUGCAAAGAGAUGAUCAAGAUAUAGUAAAUGCAAUGGAUUUAGUGAAACUCUGUAAGAGAAAACUACAGGAUAUGAGGGAUAAUGGAUGA